GUCCUGUCCCAGCGUGGGAGGGCGAAUGCGCGUGGGGAGAACGCGACGCGGAGAAGAGGGGCCAGACCGACACCACGCACGCGGCCUGGGCAGGGACCCUGGCCGAGCUCAGGAGCCGGUGCUAAGUUACUGCGUUGCGUUCAGGCUGUGGAAGGAAGCGGAGAACUAUAGGGUCCUCUUGGCCCACAGCCCUGGGAACUACACGCGCCCCGCACGGAGUGUGUUCUGUUGGCGUCCUGCUCUCUGUAGCCACAGUGCUGUGGGUUGGGAGAGACCUUAGGGAGCCUGAAGCGCAUGUGGAUGCUCGUGGCAGGCGAGAACUCCGCGCGGGUUAGCUGACUUCCAGCCGUGCGCAGGGUGGCGUUGGGUGCUUUCUUUUGAGUGGGGACCAUCGCAUCCAUCUCCACUGGAUGGAAGGUGCCAGGUGCCGGUGCCUCAGCCUGCCUAAGUGAAGUUCCACUGGACUCCAGCGAGAGCUGAAUAGCUGCGUUUGGAGGAGCCAUGCUUUCCAGGAAUUUAAAUGAGACUUUUUGCGGUGGCUUCAGGUCACUCCUGUGUUCCUCUUGCCAGGCAGAACUUUAAAACUGUUUCAUAAUCUGAGAAGCACUUUGCUCAUGGGGGGUGGUACUGCUUCGCAGGUUUUGCAAACUUGGUUUUACUGGUGCUGGAUAUCUGGCGAGCGGUGAACUGCAUCAGAGGAUAUCUUUUUGUCCUGGGCCAAGUAGAAAGGAUUAGGGUCCUUUAGGACCAUGGCUGCCCUGGGCGAAGGGAUCCUGGGCGGGCUCGCCCCAAAUUCUGGGCACAGGGUAUUUUCUGCACGUUUGUAAAGCCUCGAAAGUGAUUUGAUGGGUAUUUCCUUUUAAAUCCGCUCAACAUCUUCUUUACCGUUUUGCAACUUAAAAGUAUGACUAAGGAAGAAUUCCAAUGAAGGAAAGCACUGUGCACAUCUCCGUUGCCAACUAGGGAAAACCAUGUGCGGCCUUGAAUCUGCCUUUGCCCUCUCUUCUUCCACCGUCAUUUUUCUGGGACUGACAGACUGUACGUUCAUAUGCUAGAGCCUUGCAUUUUGUACUAGUGCCCGGAGAACCGGCGAGCAGCAGUGCUUGGGUGCUGUGACUGGAUGGAGAAAAGCCUAGUGGAUGCAUUGCUUUGAAUUUUACAGGCAGUCAGGAAGAGGAGCCAAGCAGGCAGGGACUCAGUGCCCAGUUCUUAGCUCUCAGCGAUGGACACUGUAGCGCCAGGCUUUUUUUGCUUGAGGCAGUAUCUUGAAGCUCCUGGAGUUUCAAAUCCAGUCUCGUGUAGAGAUUUUGAUAUGAGCUUCAGUUCUUAGCUCCAGAAUGUAAGCUGCACAGGGCUGUUGUGAGCCUUCAGAGCAAAGACCAGCAUUUGAUGAAUUUAUUACAUGGUGGAUGGAACCCAGGAAGUAAGGAUACUCAAAAGGGAAGAUACUCAGACUGAAGACUGGAGGUGGAGACAUUUUGUGUUUGAACAACUGUGAACCCAGUGUGCAGGCAGGGAAGGCGCGGCUUCCCAGGGGGGAAAGGGGGAGGUGACUGGCAAAAGGAGUUGAGUCUAUGAGUUGUGGUCAGCUCAGCCAGCAAGAGCAGGUUCCUCGGCCUUCCGCCGCCGCUCCAGCCCAGGCACUGACCCCACAGCUCUGCCAUGAAACCGCACCUGAAGCAGUGGAGGCAGUGCAUGCUCUUCGGCAUAUUCGCGUGGGGGCUUCUCUUCCUGGCAAUCUUCAUCUACUUCACCGACAGCAACCCCGCGGCGGCUGCACCCAGCGCCCUGUCCUUCCUGGAGACGCGGCGGCUCCUGCCGGUGCAGGGCAAGCAGCGCGCCAUCAUGGGCGCCGCGCACGAGCCCGCGCCCCGUGUCCACCCCGGCGGCCGGGCUCACGCAGUGCCCGCAGACCCGCAGGAGGUGGCCGGGAGCCAGGGCGGCCCUCGGGACGAGGACGAGUUCUUCACCUCCCAGGUUGGGCGGAGAUCCCAAAGCGCCUUCUACCCGGAGGACUACGACUACUUUUUCCUGGGCAGCGAGCCCGGGAGGCGCGGCCGCGCGCUAGGGGUCCUGGGGCUCGCGUCCCCGGGUCAGCUCUCCCCGCGGGCGCGGGCCCGCUCCCUGGGGCCGGUCCCCAGCCGGCGCGCGCAGAGGAAGACCCGUGGCCGCUCUUCGCUGUCGCCAAGAGGCCUGGACGGGGACCGGUUGGCCGCGCCCCUGCCCGGCGUGCUGUUGCGGCGGCUGUGGACCGGCGAGGCGUCAGCGCGCAUGCUGAGCCCGCGCCUACAGAAGGCCAUGCGCGACUACGUGCGCGCCAACAAACACGGCGUGCGGUUCCGCGGGCGGCGCGCGCCGCGCAGGGACCCGGCUGAGCUGCUGUGCGCGCUCAAGCGCGCGCGCCCGCGCACCCUGGACGGCACGGAGCCGCCUUUCACCACGCUCGGGUGGCAGAGCCUCGUGCCCGCCACGGCCCUGAGCCAGCUGCACCCGCGUGGCCUGCGCAGCUGCGCCGUGGUCAUGUCGGCCGGCGCCAUCCUGAACUCCUCCCUGGGCGCCGAGAUCGAUGCCCACGACGCGGUGCUGAGGUUUAACUCUGCGCCCACGCGUGGCUAUGAGAAGGAUGUCGGCAACAAAACCACCAUCCGCAUCAUCAACUCCCAGAUUCUGGCCAACCCCGGCUAUCACUUCAUUGACAGCACUUUGUAUAAAGACGUCAUUUUGGUGGCCUGGGACCCCGCUCCCUAUUCCUCCAAUCUCUACCUGUGGUACAAGAAGCCAGAUUAUAACCUGUUCACACCGUAUGUUCAGCACCGUCAGAGACACCCCGCUCAGCCGUUCUACAUUCUGCACCCAAAGUUCAUAUGGCAGCUGUGGGACAUUAUCCAGGAGAACACGAAGGAGAAGAUCCAGCCCAACCCACCGUCCUCCGGCUUCAUCGGCAUCGUCAUUAUGAUGUCCAUGUGCGACGAGGUGCACGUGUAUGAGUACAUCCCAUCUGUGCGGCAGACAGAGCUCUGUCAUUACCAUGAGCUGUACUAUGACUCGGCCUGCACACUGGGAGCCUACCACCCGUUGCUCUUCGAGAAGCUCCUGGUGCAGCGCCUCAACAUGGGCUCGCAGGCUGACCUGUACCGCAAGGGCAAGGUGGUGCUGCCCGGCUUCCGGGCGGCUCAGUGCCCUGAGCCCGGCCCCGGGGACGCGCGCUCUUAGGAAGGGACCUCGGGAGCCAUGUGCAGCAAGGUACUACUGCCGUCCUCGUCCUCAGAGACACAGAGAAUACUUGAAGCUGAUCCUAGAUGCUGUCUUGCAGAGCCGUGAACUGUCACGUUCUCUCCCAAGCCAUUGAUUAUUUUUUAGUACUUUGAGUAUAAAAAUGGAAUUUUAAGUAAAAUACUCAAAUAAGAGGCAAGAAAAAGACUAGAUAGAAAACCAUGGGUCCAAUACCUCAGACAGUGCUGGCAUUCUUAGGUCAGGGCUGCCCUUUAUCAGGGUGGCUGCAGCUAUGGCUCCCCUGAUGCUUCUGGAGACAGAGAGGGUUUCUGUGUAGACACAUCCAGACGGAGGUUAGGGGGAGCUGUCAUCCUUAGAGACACUGUUCCCUGGUGAAUGUGAGUCAAGAGCCGCCUGGACAGCAGGGGUCCCCUGAUAGGUCAGGAGGGCAAGUUCCCAGCCUUGCAUCCAUCUCUGCCCCCCCCCACAAUGCUCUGCUGCCUGUAUCAGAACCAAGUGCUGGCACCCAGCUGGUCCGAGAAACAACUGGCCCCUGAGGACACGCAGAGGAGGCCCUGUGCCCUGCAGGAUCCCAGGACUCUCUUAGAGCAUUGGUUCAGGCAGCUUCUUGCAACAGCACCCAGAGUGUCCCAGAUGCUGAUUUUUCUACCUGCUGCCCCUGGCCCACAAGUUCACCCCACAGGUGACACAUGUGGCAGUGAUGUGGCCUGCAGGGGACACCAGGGACACGCUUAUCCUUCCUCUCUAGCAGGAAGGACUUUGGAGCCACAGCCCCAGGUUACAGGGGACACACAAGGGCCUUUUUUAUGCGGGGUUUUAUCCGCUUCUACAAACCUGACAGCCAGUUCUUCCCGCUGACAGGUGUCUCAGAAGCCAGUCCUGGUUUUCAUAGGUGUGUUUUCUGUCAGCAGCAUGACAAAGCCAUAAUGUUAAAUAACAACAUGGGGUGUGGGAUAGCACUGCUCUUAACAAGGAAAUUCCAUGCCUGUUUAGAUGGAGAAGCCCACUGGAAAAACACUCACACCAGCCUGUUAGUGAUGCUGAUGUUUUUAACCUCAGAUUCGGUCACUGAUACUUUAGCGAUUUUUGGUAGUGCAACAGGAACUUUUUAAACACCUUAAUGAAGCAUGCUGUUAUUCCAGCAUCAAAGCAGAGCAUAUCUCAGUGCCACAGUUUAGACCGAGGGCAGUGGCAACAGUGGGCUUCCUUGAAGGCAGCCCCUCACGAGGCAGAACUGUCAGAAGAGCCCACUGGCAAAGGCUUCUUCAUUUCUGGAGUGGUUUGUUCCCGUGCCCUCAGGAGGCUUUCCUCAAGCAAGAGUGUCUUACUGAGCCCCACGGCUUCUCCUUGAUUAUUCUACCCUACAGUCACAGGCACCCCCAUUGCCAUGGAGAAGUGGGAGCAGUUGGAAAGCUUGUGUGUAUUUAUGCCGAGUCAGUGAGACAGGGUGGAUGGUUUUGUCUUCUGUGUUAAAUUACGUCUCAGUAGACACCAUCCCGCCCUGCUUCACCCCGGUUUCCUGGAAGAGCCGGGUCCCAGCCACACUUUAGUGGGGAGAAACUUCCCAGCUCCAAAGGAGGCACCCAGGAGGUGCUCACAGUGUGAGUUCUGCUUGAAGCCUGGGGAUCUUUCUAGAUCUUCCAAGCUUUGCCACUGUUAAAUACCCGCAGCCCUGGAAAUCCCUUUAUAGUCUUCCAAGUGGACUCGUUCACGGCACCCUUAGCAUUCAGCACAGCCCCCUUUGGCAGGAAUUUGGCCAGCAAAUAAUCAACUGGGGCAAUACAGGUAUCCAAAUUAAAAGGCCCCAAAAGUCACUUCACAGAUCUUUAAAUAGAGUUCUAUCGUAGCGGCUGUAGUUACAAAAGAAUACUUUCAGUUUUGCGGAGUUACAGGAAGGGCCAACGAGCAUAAAGCAAGUUUAAUUAGAAUCUGAAAAUUUGUCCUGGCCUUAAAGAGUGCUGGGACUCAGGGUAGGCUGAGCAGUGCGGAGCACGGCACUCAAGCUCCAGGCACUGCCUGCACAGACUGCAGCCUGCAAGUUUCAGGUAGUGUCCUCACCAGUGUGUCUGCUGUGUGUCAGGCGACCUGAAGGUGCUCCUGGUCCUAAGGGCCGGGUUUUGUCCAAUGCUGGCUGACUUCCCUGUGCACAGCGCCAAGCUCCAGCAGACACGUGGCCUUCAAGGAGUGGCCAGUAGUGAUGACCCAGCUCCUCCCUGCCUCUGCCCUUCUGGAACACCCUUGAUUCACUUGGCACAGGCCGCAUCCUGUUCUUCUGCAUCUCUGUCACCAGAGACCUGGUCUCUGUCUCUGUGUAGACCAAUACAGCCUCCACCUGUGCCUCAAUGGCCCUGUCGCAUUUCUGCACUUUAGUGCCUGCUGGGGUGUCAGAUGGACCAAGUGGGGUCCACCUUCCAGGAGUUAGUCUGUGAUGAAAGACGGUCAGAGCCUCAGCGGAAGGCUUGGGGACCUCCAGGUGCCCAGCACUUGACGCAGUGCCUGCAGCUGACAGUACCAGCCCCCUUCUGCUUAGCCAUAGCGAGACACACAAAGGAAGUGGUAUGGGGCUGGGGCUGGGGGCAGACAGAUAGGGCCGACACCACCCCCUAGCACCCCAUGGCGUUUCCACGUGGCUCAGUCUCCCUGCACCGCACGGUGGUGGAGCCUGCUCCACGUGGAGACAAAGCACUUGGCAGCCGUGUGGGAGCUCAGUGUGGCGCUGGUCCCCUGGACGUCUCCACUGUGAAAUGACUCCGCAGGGCUCAGUCACCCAGGCAUUAUCAGGAAAAUGAAAGGGAUUCCUCUGAUCGCUCAAAGAAAUCAAGGAUAAGUUCUGAUUCUUGUUUUAUUAAAUGAUUGAAAUCUUUUAGUAAGAAGAAAAUAAUCCAGUUUUUCUGUACAAGUUUAGGGUAAUGAAAGUUGAAGAAUUUGAGACCUUGAUAUAGUAAGAUUCUUGCUCUUAGUAUGAAAGUGUGCAUGUAGAUAUAGUUAUAUAAUUGCAUAUAUACAUAUCUACACACAUGCUUGAUUUUAUAUUGUCUUUUUCAUUAACUUUUAUGAUGUAACCUUUACAGUGAAAUUUUUAAAUUAUGCAAACACUAAUUUUUUAAGAGAAAGAAACAAAUGUUACACCUCCUUCUACUAACAACAUGGCCCUCCAGCCCCUCCACACGCAUUCUGCACCCCCUGACGAUGGCAAACCACAGGCAGAGCAGAAGUAUUUUAAAGACACUGUGAAGGUAGAAUCAUUGCCUAAUGUUGGAUCUGCAUCAGAACCCUGAUUGUAACUCUGAACUCAGUUUAUCACUAGCUCGUGGCUUUUACAAGAUCCGGGGAAGAAACAAUUAUUUGGUUCCAUGGAAAAUAACCUAAUUAGAUAAAUGCAUUGUUGUGAUGAAAUCUAGCAUUUGUAACAUGCACCCUGUUUUGCUCUGUAUAAAAUACUUAUAAAAUCCUUCUAGUGGAAACCAAUGAACUUUUGUAACAGCUUUGGGAAUUCUUUUGUAUGAUAAUUUUUAAACUGAAAUGUGUGCCCUUCCAAUUAACUAAGGCUUGAGGUUUUCCAGAAGUUGCAUUUUAGAAGUGUUUGUACACAUUUUAACACUUUGAUAUUUUCUAUUUUGGUUUUGUAUAUUUUUAUGUUUACACAGUGUAUAGACUUUUCUUGUAAAUAAAACAUGUUUUCAUUUGUCUGGA